GUGCUAUUCAGCCCUUUCUUCUGGAUAUAUUUUAGCUGGACUUGGUUGUUUUGGCCUUGGAUGGUAGCUAUUAGUCUUGCAAUUUACGGUCUUUACUGCUUUUACCGGCAUUUACACGGCAAUGCCAAUGCUUUUCAGCAGCUUUCAAUUGUUACUGCAGCAUUUACUUGGCUCACUUUAGUACCCCCAGCACAUUUCAAUGGUUUUCUCGAAGGAUGGCCUAUUGUGUUUUUCUUUGUUUACCACUACUUCUUUUUCUUCAAUGUGAGUGUCCGAAAGCGGUUGUAUGGUGAUUAUUAUCCCAGAGAGCAUGAUCCCGUGUGGGAUAUUACCCUGCCCAAGUGGCAAAAACUCUUGUUCUGUGUUGGAGUGAUGGUUGGCCAUUGGUUUGCAGCAUUUGAGGGGCCAGAAUUACAUCUUGUUCCUGGUGGCUGGAGUAAUUUGGGCAUUUGGAUUUUGAUAAUGUUGACAUUGUUUAUGCAGUACCACUCCACGUUGCAUUUGGCAAAGUAUUCAGAGAAGGUAGUUGUGCCGACUGCUGUUGUGCUGUUUGGGCCAUAGCGGUUUGUCCGCCAUCCAAUUUAUGCGUCCACGAUG